CUUUUGCUCUCGCAGAAACCCUAAUUCUCUCACACAGCAUAGACGCACGCGUAUAUUAUAUAUAUUAUUUAUUUAUUUAUUUUUAAUUAUUUAAAAUUGAAAUUUUUUUGGACUGAGCUUGUUGAGAACGAUAAUGGAGGGUCCGAUAGGGCAAAAGGAGAAGCAGCUAGAGUUCGCUUUGGCCUCAGUCUCUGAGCUUUCUUCGGCUUCUUCAGCAGCUCAGUCUAAGCCACUGGUUGCUCGGUUCUCUGCGGAUUUUGGAGUCGCGGAGCUUCGAUUUCAGCAGGAAUCUGAAUCAAUUGCUGCUAUCAAUGUUGAUCUCCCAACCGCGAAGCUAUUCAAAUUGGGCCCUGUUCAAUCAGUUUGCAUAUCUGAAUGUUCUGAUUCCAGUAAGGAGCAGACAGCAUAUUCAAGGGGAGUCAACGUUCAAUUUAGAAACGAGGAGGAGAGCAGGGCCUUCCAUUGUACAUUUGAGCAAAAGAAAAAGGAAGCUCUUCAAGGAAAACAAUUACAAUUACCAAAUGGAACAGUUUCAGAUACUAGAAGCAAGUUUGAUGAUAAAAUAGAGCCAUCUUCUUCUAAAAUGUACUUCCAUUAUUAUGGACAACUAUUGCAUCAGCAAAAUAUGUUACAGGAUUAUGUGAGAACAGGAACCUAUUAUGCUGCAGUUAUUGAGAACCGUUCAGAUUUUAUUGGUCGUGUAGUAGUUGAUGUUGGUGCUGGUAGUGGUAUUUUAUCAUUAUUUGCUGCUCAGGCUGGUGCAAAGCAUGUUUAUGCCGUGGAAGCAUCUGAAAUGGCAGAAUAUGCACAAAAGCUUAUUGCUGGGAACCCAUCACUGGCUCAACGGAUUACAGUGGUCAAAGGUAAAGUAGAGGAAGUUGAGCUGCCUGAGAAAGCUGAUAUUCUGAUCUCGGAGCCAAUGGGAACGUUAUUGGUUAAUGAAAGAAUGUUGGAGUCCUAUGUGAUUGCAAGAGACCGGUUUCUUAACCCAUAUGGGAAAAUGUUUCCUUCAGUUGGAAGGAUACACAUGGCACCUUUCAGUGAUGAAUAUUUGUUUAUUGAAAUUGCAAAUAAGGCCCUCUUCUGGCAGCAACAGAAUUAUUAUGGUGUUGAUUUGACAUCCUUAUAUGGAUCGGCAUUCCAGGGAUACUUUUCUCAGCCCGUGGUAGAUGCUUUUGAUCCCAGAUUAUUGGUGGCUCCUCCAAUUUUUCAUGUGAUAGACUUUAUGAAAAGCAAGGAAGAGCAGUUAUAUGAAAUUGAUGUUCCGUUGAGAUUUAUCUCCUCAGUGGGUGCUAGAGUGCAUGGCUUGGCUUGUUGGUUUGAUGUACUGUUCAAUGGGAGCACUGUACAAAGGUGGCUUACCACUGCCCCUGGUGCACCAACAACACACUGGUACCAAUUACGUUGCGUUCUCUCUCAGCCAAUUUAUGUCAUGGCAGGACAAGAAAUUACUGGCCGACUCCACAUGAUUGCGCACAAUGCUCAGAGUUAUACGAUAUAUCUAACAUUGUCAACUAAAAUGUGGGGGCCUGGUGCUGAACAAGAAGGAAUACUUCAGACAUCAUCAUGCAAACUUGAUCUCAAGGAGCCCUACUACAGAAUGUCUCAACCACAAGCCUAUCCGUUAGCCCAAGAUCAGCAGCAACAUCAGCUAAUAAGCACGCAGGAUAUACCAAUUCAAUCGCAAGAUUUAGAAGAAGCUGAGUUAAUGCAGCAACCAUCACCAAAUUCAGACGCUCAGCUCAAUUCAAUAAUGGGAAAUGUUUAAAUUUAGAGGUGCCCAAGGAACAUUUCUAUCAUGGGCAUCCAUCUGUUUGUAACAUAAACCUGUUUCCCUAGCAGUGCAAGGGAUAGGGGCACGGCCGAGUUUACUUAUAAGCCCCUCCUCUCUCCUCUCCUGCAUUUAUUUAGGUCUGAUCCUGUAAAUUAUGGUGACAUGUUUCAACUAUUUAUUAUUUGAGUGGUUGUGCAGCA